AUGGAUCCUAGCUCCGUUCCCGACUUUGACGACCUACCCCCGGUUGAGGGACAGCCCCAAGGAUGCGCCUGGGGAAUCUUCGACAAAGAUGGCAAGAAGGACGUGUUGGGGACGCUCAACUUCCUCACGCCCCAAAUCGUGGCGGCCGCUGCUGCUGAGGUCCGAGACGGCGUCUCCAUUUCCCUGAACUGGCCACUCAAUGGCAUCAAAUUCCCUCUCCCCGGCCGCAAGCCCCCCGUCCAUCGCGCCAAUCCGCUGCGAGAGAUGGGCAUGGACUGCGAGGGCUGGGACGACGAGCUUGAGUUCAACACGCAGUUCAGCAGCCAGUGGGACAGCCUCUGCCACGUCACCACGGACGGCGUGACGUACAACGGCCUGCAGCCGACCAAGGAGGGGUUGCACGUGCAGUCGACGGCCGAGAACCCGCUGCCGACCAUCGAGCAUUGGCACGCGCGCGGCGCGCUCGCCGGCCGCGGCGUGCUCAUCGACUGGAAGCGGUACCACGAGGAGACGACCGGCACGCCGUACCACCCGCUGGACGGGUACCGCAUCACGCCCGACGACCUGGAGAAGGCGGCCCGGCACCAGGGCGUUGAGUUCAAGCACGGCGACAUCCUGAUCGUCCGCACCGGCUACACCGAGAUGCUCGCCGCCCCGACCCCGGCCGACUUUGCCAAGUUCCAGGCCGGCACGCUGUCGGGCGUGCACGGCACGGUCGACACGGCGCGCUGGGUGUGGAACCACCGGUUCGCGGCCGUGGCGGGUGACGCACACGGGUUUGAGGCCAUUCCGGCGCUCAAGCCCGACGGGACGGUCGGCGGGAUUUCGGAUCUGGUCCUGCACAUGUGGUUCCUCAACCAGUUUGGCAUGUCCAUCGGCGAGCUCUGGGAUCUGAAAGCGCUGAGCGAGUACUGCAAGAAGACGGGCCGAUACAGCUUUCUGCUGACCUCGGCGCCCCUGAACCACCCGGGCUUGGUCGCGUCGCCGCCUAAUGCGCUUGCUUUGUUCUAA